GUAAGAGAGUGCGCGGCGCAUCCGCGGGCAUCUGGAGCUGGGGGCCGCGAGCGCCAUGGAGCGCUACGCAGGUGCCUUCGAGGAAGCUGCGGACGGGGCCCGGCAGCAGGAGCGGCACUACCAGCUGCUGUCGGCACUGCAGAGCCUAGUCAAAGAGCUGCCCAGCUCCUUCCAGCAGCGCCUGUCCUACACCACGCUCAGCGACUUGGCCCUGGCACUCCUCGACGGCACUGUGUUCGAGAUCGUACAGGGACUACUGGAGAUCCAGCACCUCACCGAGAAGAGCCUGUACAACCAGCGUCUCCGUCUGCAGAACGAACACCGAGUGCUCAGGCAGGCGCUGCGGCAGAAGCACCAGGAAGCUCAGCAGGCCUGCCGGCCCCACAACUUGUCCAUGCUGCAGGCUGCUCAGCAGCAGGAGCUGGAGGCAGUAGAGCACCGGAUCCAUGAUGAGCAACGGGCAAUGGACCAGAAGAUUGUUCUAGAGCUGGACAGGAAAGUGGCCGACCAGCAGAGCACAUUGGAGAAGGCAGGGGUCACUGGCUUCUAUGUGACUACCAACCCACAGGAGCUGACACUGCAGAUGAACCUGUUGGAACUCAUCCGGAAACUGCAGCAGAAGGGCUGUCAGGUGGGGAAGGCAGCCCUGUGACCAGGCAUGACCACCAUCUUCCUAGCUGCCUAUGAAGAGGUCAUCACACUGAGGAGAGGCCAGGUGUAUCCUGGCUGUGCCUGCUGCCCAUCUUAGUCUUGGUUUACCCAAAUUCUAGGAUGUUAUGACAAAGGGAGGAGAGUGGGCCCAACCUACUGACUGGCUGCCCAUAACCAGGGCCUAAAGAUUCUACAGCCCUCCAUUGGGCACAACUAGCCCCUGCCAACCCUGACGCUUCAUGCAUGUUCUACUCUCAGUUCCUCCUUUGGCAGGAGGAAGGCCAAGUGGGAGAAGCUCCACGGCCAAAGCUUUGUAUGACCUAAAGAAAUAAAGAUGCCUCAAUAUGGUCUGUA